AUGUCUUAUUAACAGAAGGGGUUGAAUGCAGUAAGAUUAUCUCAAAUCAAUUAACCUAUUCUAAAAGCUCGCAAAAGCUAAGAUUAUCCAACUGAGUAUUCAUUGGAUCACCAAUACAGAAAUAGUUCACUCAAAUAGAACAGAGCUAUAACUCAACACAAUUCGAGAUUAAUUAUGGAAGAGGAAUUUGUAAAAAUGCGAAGACCGUAAACAUCAGAAGGGAGCAGAAGGAAGAAAUUGAUAGAGGAUCAUGCUUUUUAGGGGACUUAUAAUUCCAAUACAAAAUGCGAAAUCUUAGAAUGCGAGAAUGAGGAUGACAAAGAGUAAAUAAUAUUUAUAUAAUUUGUAGUGAACAAUUGAUAUCAUAUAACUACCUUAUAAAUUGUAAUCCUAGUAACACCACACGCAAUAAUUAGAAGAAGGUUCCAUUUUAAACUACUCUCGACUAAGAUUUUCUAAGUUUGUUUGCUAUUGAUUGA